ACCCUCUAUCAAAUUAGUUAUUGGGGGUACAUCCCGCUGAUAGCAUAAGAUCACUUACUCUCUCCAUCCUCCAUUUUUGUGGGUCGGCCUUAUAAAUUAUGAUUGCAAAUUUCAAUAUGAUUCAUCUUCUACAACACUAAGAACACACAUCAAAGUUAGAAAUUUUGUUGAUGAAUGAUGAUGCAGGUUUCACAGCAUCAUCGGAGCUACUACUCCCAAAAAUCACCGGCUUUUCUUUCUCUCUUUCUGCUCUUCCUCCCCAUCUUUUCUCCUGAUCUCUUCUCUCCCCUCUCUCGCUCUUAUUCUUCUCUUUUCUCUGAAUGGAAUGCGCCCCAGUCAAGACAUGUGCGUCUCCUGCAGGGUGCAUUACAAUGGCAAACUCCCUUUAAACAGCAGCUUGAGCUGUGGACUCCAUUGUCCCACCAAGGAUGGAAACCAUGUCAGGAUUCCCAAAAGCCUCAUUCCUUGCCUGAGAAGUCACGGGGUUAUAUCCAAGUAUUUCUUGAUGGAGGAUUAAACCAGCAGCGAAUGGGGAUUUGUGAUGCCGUUGCAGUUGCUAAAAUUUUGAAUGCAACUCUUGUAAUCCCCCAUUUGGAAGUAAAUUCUGUGUGGCAGGAUUCAAGUUCAUUCGCAGAAGUAUUUGAUUUGGAUCACUUCAUCAAUAGCCUAAGUGAUGAAAUUUCCAUAGUUAGAGAAUUGCCUGUUGAGUAUUCUUGGAGCACAAGGGAGUACUAUGGUACAGGUAUACGAGAAACCCGAAUUAAGACUGCACCUGUCCAUGCAUCAGCUGACUGGUACCUGGAAAAUGUAUUACCUGUAUUGCAGAGAUAUGGAAUUGCCGCAAUUUCCCCCUUCUCACAUCGUUUGGCUUUUGACAACUUGCCUAAAAGCAUUCAACAGCUUCGUUGUAUGGUCAACUUUGAAUCAUUACUCUUUGUUCCACAUAUUAGAAUAUUGGGUGACACCCUUGUCAAUCGACUGCGCUAUCCUAAUAACUUUUCUGGCCAAAGUUCUGAAAAAUAUGUUGUGUUGCAUCUCCGAUUUGAUAAAGAUAUGGCUGCACAUUCAGCUUGUGAUUUUGGUGGUGGUAGAGCUGAAAAAUUGGCUCUUGCAAGAUAUCGUCAAGUCAUCUGGCAAGGAAGAGUUCUAAAAACUCAGUUCACUAAUGAGGAAUUGAGAAAUCAAGGGCGUUGUCCAUUGACACCAGAGGAAAUUGGAUUAUUGCUGGCAGCUUUAGGUUUUUCUAACAACACUCGUCUUUACCUGGCUUCGCACAAGGUAUAUGGUGGUGAAGCUAGAAUUUCAACUCUACGUAAGUUGUUUCCUCGUAUAGAAGACAAAAGGAGUCUUGCCACUGCUGAUGAGCGUAAGAAGGUUGAAGGCAAAGCUUCACUGCUAGCUGCAGUUGAUUAUUAUGUGAGCAUGCACAGUGAUAUCUUCAUCUCUGCUUCACCAGGAAACAUGCAUAAUGCAAUGUUGGGACAUCGAGCAUAUCAGAAUCUGAAGACUAUAAGGCCGAACAUGGCAUUACUAGGGCAGCUUUUCCUGAAUCAGAGUAUAGGCUGGCCUGGAUUUCAAAAUGCAGUUGUAGUUGGGCACAAAAAUAGGCAAGGACAAAUCAGAGUGAGGAAGGAGAAGCAGUCCAUAUAUACUUAUCCUGUUCCUGAUUGUAUGUGCCGAACCUAACCAAAAUGAGAGUUCAGCAGUUGUCUUCCCUCUGUUCUUAGUCUUUUGUAGUUUAGCAAUGCAGAAAGUGAGUAUUAUCAACAAAUUUCCACUUUUGGCUUAUUUUUUAUAUGAUUAAUUUAUAGUAGUAAAUUUUUUAAAAAAAGUCUGGGCUCUUUUCUUCAGCAUGACA